UCAUCGGCACGAAAGCAGGCGCACAACAAGCUGCUGAGAAGGACGCCACCACUCAAAGAGCAGCACUGAAGGUUCAUAAGAAGUGACCUCGGUUUUCUGAGGGCCAUUGACCUCUGCAAGGCCAAACUUGAAGCUGUUCUUGAAGCUGCGAUCUCUUUGAAUGCAUUUUGCGCCCUAAUCUUAGCCUGCGAGGCUCGUAGGCUAAGAGUCUUACCCGUAGCCCGCGUUGCGAUUGUGCGAUCAGCCAGCCAGCCAGCCAGCUGGCUGGCCAGGCCAGCGCAGCUAAAUGCAGCACAGUGCAAGGAGAGCUCUCAAUUACUGUGUGUGGGAUCAGAUCUGCUAUCCAGUGCUGACUGUUAAGCGGACAUGGAGUUCUCGUGGCCGUUGUACACACACCGCCAGUUAGGUCAGUACAGGUGAAGGUCGAGCUAUUUACGGCUGAAGACCUGGUCUCCACCAGGUAACCACAGCGAAACGCCGAAGCGAAGGGCUCGAGAAUGGGAGCCAGGCCACCAACACGCACCCGCACCACGUAGACGCUCAGAGUCGAGAUGACAUUCGACCCCGCUUCGACGCCUUGCAUGCCCAGUCCAAAUUCAUCGGAGGAAACGGUUGGCGGAGGGCAGCGAGCCCGGAGGAACGCGCGCCAAUGGCAGGCGAGACGCCUGAUUUCACCAGAUCGGCGUGGUGGCAUUUGUAUCUUUCGGGGGUCGACCUUUCUGAGGACAUCGAAGGGGGGCGGCUCAGCCUCAUGCACUCGGCCGUUAUUGCGCACACAUCGACACCCAGCUAGCUCCAUUUUCUCCCGUGGCCAGCUCACCGCCCUCACUCGUCCGCUUUUCGCCGCCAAGCGCAUUUUGGUCCGACCGCUCCCCUUUCGUCGUAAAUAAUAAGGCAGAGUGGGACCUGGCCGAAUGAGGCGCGUCUCUGGCCCGCCGCAGCCGAUAGUGGGACCUGGCCGAAUGAGGCGCGUCUCUGGCCCGCCGCAGCCGAUCCACGGACCAAAUAAUUUCGAAGGCGCCGCGGUACCGUGAAGAGACCGACCGACAUGGCCUCAUUCGCCGAGCGAGCUUGAGCUUGAGGCUUGGGCUGCCCUUCCUGACAGACCACCGAGGCUGGAGACGGAUCUCAAUGGAGCUGAGCGACUUUGACAGGGCGUUGCAGCCGCCAGACGCGCUCGAGCCGGAACCGGCCACGCCGCCGCCCGACGAGCACAAGUUCGCCCUGCCCUUCAUCCUCAACGUGCCGGCCGCGGCCGCAUCUGUGGGCGCCAUCAGCUCCAGCGGCAGCGCGACGCAGCUCAGCAAGGAGGAGAAGAAGCGCCGCCGCACCUGCAAGCACGAGGGCUGUCGCAACUACAUCGUGCACAAGGGGCUCUGCUGUCGCCACGGGGUGAGUCUCUGUCUCUCUCUUUGUCUGUGUCUGCGUGUGGGACUGCUUAGUCAGCCACGUGGGGUCCGUCCCGGGGCCGUGGACGCGAUGGUGACACUCACGCGGACACUUGUUACUGGCCCCUCUGUCCACUGUGGCUCGCAGGGCGGCAAAAAGUGUACGCUGGAGGGCUGUUCGACCAGCGCCAAGCACCGCGGAUUGUGCUGGAAACACGGCGGCUCUGUAAAGUGCAAGGAGGUCGGCUGCGACAAGAAGGCCAAGGCGCGAGGGCUCUGCUGGGCCCACGGCGGAGGCACCAAGUGCCGCAACACCGGGUGCGCCAAGGUGGCCGUCUCCAACGGAUUCUGCUGGGCGCACGGCGGCGGCAAGCGCUGCGAGGUCAAGAACUGUAUCAAACCGGCAUACGAACGCACGCACAACUUGUGCGAGAAGCACUUUGUGCAGUUGCGUCACGCCAACUACUAUGAGCUGUGAAUUGAUGCAAGUCGAGAGGAGAGGAAGGCUCGAUAGACAUCAGAGUGCGGCUGUGACAGCAGCUUGGAGCGAAAGAAGCUACCAGAGCGUUGAUCAGACUGCAUACGACAGCGACCAGCGGAAGAGGUUGCAGCAACUACGUCGCAGGAUCCCUCAUUAGGCGGACGUUCACCUGCUUCACUGCACGGUGUAAGCACUAAAUAGCUUGCUCAAACGACAUCUAUGUCGUUAGAUUACUGUUUGCCAAGACGUAGAAAUACAGACUGGAGUGAUUGAGACUGGCG